AGGGGUGGUUAUGUCUGCUGUGACUUGAUCGGUUGUUUCGAUGAUAGAGAACCUUUUCAUAAGAUGCCGUUGCCCGAGUGCUUAGAAUCGAUGAAGAAAAAACCAAUGCAUUUAUUAUUCACAAGAAAUAACCCCGACAUUCCAGAAUUGUUAUCUGAAACGAUUUUACCAAAAAUGUUUGAUUUCACAAAAAGCACCGUCGUGGCUGUACACGGCUGGACACACGACAGUGGAGUUUCUUGGGUGACAAACUUGAAAAAUGCGUUGUUGCGAAGAAUGGAUGCAAAUGUGAUUCUUCUAGACUGGGAAUAUGGGUCGAACGAUGUACUCUAUCCACAAUCAGCUUCCAACACUCGAUCUGUCGGUGCAUACUCCGCUGUCGUGCUUGGCAAUCUUGUUGAGAAGCACAACUACCCAAAGAAUUACAUCUGGUGCAUCGGUCACAGUUUAGGAUCCCACGUAUGUGGUCACUUGGGAAUGAGGUUGAAAAUCAGACGUGUUACAGGAUUAGACCCUGCCGGUCCGUAUUUCGAAGGCGUUUCCAACGUGACAGUUGGAGUUAACCCAUCAUCAGCUGAUUUCGUCGACAUCAUUCACACGGAUAACAUCCUUGGAACAGCAAGGUCAUUAGGGCAUCUUGAUUUUUAUCCGAAUGGGGGAAAGCAGCAAGCGGGAUGUUUAAGUGAGUGGGUUUACUUUAUCGGUUCAAUAGCAUUAAUCCAUUGGUGUUCAUCACUUUUUUUCUAUGGGGCCUAUAAUUCAUUCAUUUACAAGCUUACUUGA